CCCCAAUAAAUUAUAGGUGAAUGUAUUACAGUUUGCCAAGUCCUUGUUAAGAAGCUGUGUAGCAAAGGCUUUGUGAAAUAGAGAACAAACAAGAUGCCGAUGAUGGAGAAGCUGAGAAUGAUGUUCGUGCAAGAGCCCGUUGUCGCCGUUUCUUGUCUCAUGGCUGGUGUUGGCCUCUUCCUUCCUGCUGUCGUAAGGCCCAUGCUAGACUCAUUUGAAUCAUCUAAACAAGUCCCUCAACCUGCUUUAAGUGAUGUGGUUGCAGGCGUGACUGGAAAAAAAUAGGGAUGAUGUUGUUUGCCGAUUCAAGUUGAAAGCUUAGCAUUCCGCACUCUACCAGUGCCUCUUACACCUUUUUCCAUGUUUGUUUCAUUCUCAUCACAAAUGAAAUAAGCCAGACUUUAAACUUUAGAAACUCUAAAGAAAAAUUGAAUAUUGAACCUUAUCCUGUUUCAUGGAAGCAUGCGAAUGUUUCAAGUUAUGUUAAAUCUUUAGCAUUAAUUGAAAACAAGGAUUUGAGAUUUUA